ACUGGGCAGCACCAGCGGCCCCAGCCAUAUCAAUACUACGCGCACCCACACAUCCUCCUCCGCUUCUCCAUCGCACAUCUGCCCCAGCGCUCUGUCGGUGCCCUUCGCUUCUUGCCUGCCUCUUUCCUCGUCAGCGUGCAGCCCUUCUCCGCUGAGCCUCCACGACUCCUCGACGGAGCCCAUUUCUGAUCCAGUCCGCCCGAGUGCGAGCACGCGCACGGCACGGCGUUCAUACCACGACGCACCCAGCGCGAGUGCACGUAGCAGCCAACAUGUCGCGCAACGAAGCGGUGUCGCCGCUGCGCAUCAACAAGACGCCCACUUCCUCGCCCACAAAGGGAAGCGGCCGUCCCCUGUCGGAAAUCAGUCCCCAUGAGCACCGCAGGAACUCUCCCAGCUGGAACCAGACAACAAAGAAGAUCAUCCUGACCAAAGAGAGCUCGCCCUUCCGCGACUCCUCGCCAUUCACUCACAGCCCGCGUCUCUUCUGGAAGGAGCAGACCACGUCGCCCAAGAGCCGCUUCGACACGUCAGAGAACGAGUACGAGGGCAGCUCGCCCCUCUCGCCCAAGCGCAACUCGAUCGAGAACCUGAAGAAGCAGUCGCGUGUCAAGAACAGCAGCAUGUUCGCACGCGAGCAGAAGUACGAGUACGACCCCAACUCGGUCCAGCCGCUCGACCGCCCGCUCGCGGCAGGACGCCCACUCAGCACCGCCGUACAGGGCAAUGUCCAUGGCGGCAACGGACUCCAAGGCAUGCGUAACGAAGUCGAGAGCCCGGCCAAGGGCCACCACCACAGCCGCUCUGAGAGCCAGACACGGAUUCCUAUUCUCAGCCCGUCCAAGACGUCGCCCGCGAAGCUCCCCACACAGUCUUCCUUCGCUUCACCCUCCAAGCCCUCGCCGUCCGAGGGGCGCGUGUCGCCCACCAAAUCUUCGCUCGUCAGCAACGGUCGCUUCAAUUCCCCACAAUACAACGGCGACUCGAGCGCUGUCAUGUCUGAUGACGAGGAGCUCGUCCACCAGACCCCCCGCCCGCUGCGCCGUCAUGCUAAGAGUGUGACCUUCGACACUGCUCCACCUCAGAUCACCGAGUUUGAGAUGGUCACGCCCGACCCUUCAGUCGCCACCAUGUCGCGGGACGGCAGCUACGACUCCGAGGACGAAACAGAAGAGGAAAUGAGCUUCGACCAGGACGACAGCUUCGAUGCCUCCCUAGAAGACACAGACAAGACGCCGGUUGUGCUGCCUGAGGACUGGCGCCACAUGAGCCCGCAGGCUGCCGAUACCUCGCUCACGGAUCUCUACGACGAUGUCUUUGAAGGUCGGGACAACAGUCCCAUGCCGAGUGCCCGUCCCAACGGUACAACCAAUGGCUCCCGCCUGGGGUCAACAGCUUCCGAUAGCGACGCAAGACCUCUUCCUCCUCUGCCAGCCAUACCAGGCAGCCCCAACCGGCGGCGCGACUCGAGCAUCGGCCUGUCCGCUGCCGCAGAGCGAGUUGGCGACAGGCGGCGUUCUCUUCCUCAGCUUCCGCAAGCAGCCGGCAUCUCCAAGAGUGAUUUGCUUAACAUGCGCGAGGUGUCCAUGUCGCUCGAGGACCGAUUGCGUCUGAUGAACUUUGAUGACGACCGCGAUGCGAGCACUCCAACACAGGAGAUGCAGAACAAGAAAAAGGCAGUAGAAGUUGACGUUGCAGAAGUCGACGUUACAGAGUCCGAGCUAACGCUUGACGAGCCCAAGAUCCCGCGCAUUUCUCGCGAGUCUAUCCUCCGGCGCGUCAAGAGCCGCAACUUCGAAGGCGGCGAGGACGACGAUGAGGAAGAGGAAGAGGAAGAGUACAGCCAGUUUGAGCCAGAGUACAGCCCCGAGCGCAGCUACGGCGAUCUCGCUGACCUCGACCCUGACGUUCCUAUUCCGUCGCGUGAAGCUUCCUCCAACUUCGAUGAACAUCCGCGUCAGGUCUCCGGUGUCUCCGUCAGCGAGGCCGACAGCGUUGUCGACGCUUACAGCUAUGCCAACCCAGAUGAAGGCGAUCAUGCCGAUGACACCGAUGUAGAUGGCAGUUCUAUGUCUCAACUCGAGGAUUACGAGCGCGAGUCGUCUGUCAUCCGACACCCUAUGCCCCAGGAGUCAGACGACGAGGACGAUACCAGCCAGUACUCGCCUCAGCCUGAAGAGCAGCCUACUUCCCAGAGUACCAUCGACUCAUCCGGUCCACCAACACCCGUCGUCGCCCCCUCUUCUCCUGUCUCAGCUGAGAAGCAGGCGCCUCAAGACGAGAUGUACUCUACUUUCGAAGGUAAAGAUAUGGAUCUUAGCUUGGACCCUCUAAAAGCCUCUUUCGCGACUGUUCCCAGUCCAUUGGAUACGGUGCCCAAGCUGGAUGCCAUGCGCGACUUCCUCCGCCGCCCUGUUACUCCCGAAGCUCACGAGACGGAGGAGGAUCGUUCCGAGUCUGAGGAGCCUGGUACGCCAGACUCUGUCAUUCGGCAUCCAGUCGCUCUUUCCCCUCCGCCUCAGGAAAAUGCCCCCGAGGUUCCUCAACGGGAAGCUACAAUCCGGGGUGCCGGUGGAAAGCUAAAGACUCGCCCGUCGCUCAUCCCUGAUGAGGUUGACAUGGCAGCUACGCGUCGCCAGGUUAGUGGCCAGCAUGCUCCGCCAGUCCCUGAGCGCAGCCCAAAGCGCCAGUCAAUGAGCCUAGAGUUGGGCCAUGCCGACGAAGAAAGUCACAUUGAUGACGACGAUACGCAAGUGAGCAUUACCACCAAGGAGAACCGCAUGCUAGCUCUGAAGCUCGGUGAUCUCGACCUGGGUGACGAGUCGAACGAUCUCAGCUUCGGGCUAGACAAGGAGUUUGAUCACAUCAUUGAGUCUCAAAAGAAAGGAUACAUGAUGCGCGAAAACACCAAAGUCGUUGUCGCCAGCAGUCGACAGUUCAGCGACGAGAAGCCGCCUACCCCCACCGAACCCACUAGCGAUGCAGCUGUCAAGCCUGUCUCUCGUAAGACGAGCGCCGAACGCAAGCCCGCCUGGACGAAGGAGCCUUGGAACGGUAAGCCUCGCAGGAAGAGCAUCCGGACAGCAUCCGGUCGCCGUACUCGAACCUCUGAGGGUCCUGCACCACCUCUUCCUGGUCAAGAAUCUGCUGUUGCUGGCGGUCUAGACUCAGUCGCUGAACAGGGAGAUGACGGUGAGCCUGAAGAGGGCGAGGAACGCGGUCUCGUCUUUGUCAAGGUCGUCGGUGUCAAGGAUCUUGAUCUUCCCCUACCAAAGCACGAGCGUACCCACUUCCAGUUGACACUUGACAACGGUCUGCACUGCGUUACAACGUCUUGGUUGGAGCUUGGCCAAUCAGCUCCCAUCGGACAAGAGUUCGAGCUUGUCGUCAUGGAUGAUCUCGAAUUCCAGCUCACACUACAGACCAAGCUGGAGCCUCCAGCCGUCCCUCAGAUCGUUGCCGCGCCAGCCAAGGCCGUCAACCACAAGAAGUCACACUCUGCCUUCCGGAACCUCCUCUCCUCGCCGAAGAAGAGAAAGGAGCAGGAACGCAAAGCGCAAGAGGAAGCCGACCGCAUCGCCCAACAGGAGCAGCAGGAGGCUCAAGCUGCUGCCAAGCGCAAUCAAAAGGCCACCGCUUGGGACCUCCUGCACGACCUUGUCGGACCUGAUGGGUCUUUCGCCCGUGCCUAUGUUUGCCUCAACAACCACGAGAACCAAGCAUACGGCCGUCCGUUGACUGUUGAUAUUCCUUGCUUCAAUGAGUGGGCCGUCGAUAAUACUGGCGCCAGCAGUGUCAAGAGCAAGCGCGGAGGUGUCGUUCGCCGCCCACCUUACCGGGUGGGCAAGCUCACUCUCCAGCUGCUAUACGUCCCGAAGCCCAAGAACGCAAAGGACUCUGACAUGCCCAAGAGCAUGAAUGCCUGCAUUCGCGAGCUCAAAGAGGCUGAGCAGGUCAAGGACAUCAGCUUCGAAGGUACACUGAGCCAACAGGGUGGUGACUGUCCAUACUGGCGACGUCGUUUCUUCCGCUUGGAAGGCACGAAGCUUACGGCCUACCACGAGUCCACACGACAGCCGCGUGCUACCAUCAACCUAGCCAAAGCUUCGAAGCUCAUGGAUGACAAGAGUGCUCUUCAGCAACCAUCCGCAACCAAGACUGGUGGCCGGCGCAAGUCUGGGUUCGCCGAGGAUGAAGAGGGCUACAUGUUCGUUGAAGAGGGCUUCCGCAUCCGGUUCGCUAACGGUGAGGUCAUUGACUUCUACGCCGACAGCCGGGAACAGAAAGAGGCCUGGAUGAAGGUGCUCUCGGAGACCGUUGGCAAGGACAUUGCUCAAAACAAGGGCUGGGCGGCCAUGGUCCUCGAGAAGGAGCGUAAGGAGAAGGCUACGCGAUCACAGAUUGGUGCGCCAAUCUCGCCAACCAAGUCGCAUCCCAUGGUCGCGAGCUCACCGAGCGUUAACCGCCGGCCUUCUCAUCAGCGCACUCAAUCGCACGAUAUACUAGGCUCUAUCAAGUCCACGCCUUCAAGUCCGGUAAAGGGCCACGCUCGCACUCAAUCGCACGCACCGACUCCACCUCUCAAGGAUGUUCGCAUGUCGCAUGCGCCGCCGCCACGGCCGCGAACGCAAGAGUCAAGCAAGCCGGGUCGCAGAGAGCAGGUUCGGUCGAUGAUUUUCUAGUGUCUCUUUCCAUCUCCAUCAUUGAUACCAGUCACCCUCUUUCAUUGUUUGUUCAAACACUUACUGGCUUUUCUUUGCGUUUUAGCUUCGCCAAUACUCUUCCUUCUCUCAUCGACUAAGAUUGGGGUUUUGGAGACGGCGACAGAGGAGGAGAAAUUUGAAAGGUGCGGGUGCUGCGCAUCCGUUUCCCGAGUCGAAUACACCAUCUCGCUGAGCUGUGGCGCUUCGGCACAUU